CAUGCGCUUUACAUUCCGAAAGAUGGGAGGCCGUUGAAACGGUGUGAACUUAAGCAACAUUCCUACGAUUUGUGUUUACAAUGUCGUCGUACGGAUAGAUUCAAGGAAUAUUGAUUUUAAAUUUGUGAAUUAUUGUUUUAAAUAAAAAGAAGCUGAUUGAUUGUGGAUAUAUGUAAAGUGCGGGAAAAUGGUGAAGUCGGAAGAAAUACGGGACCGUCAAAAACUUGCAAACUUAAUCACUCAGUGGAACUUAGAUCAUUAUGAUUUGUUUGAAUUGAGUCAGCCAAACGAGGGUUUGGAGUUCCAUGGUGUGGUGAGAUUCUAUUUCCAAGAUGAGGACCACAAUGUUGUCACCAAGUGUAUCCGCGUGGCCAGCUCAGCCACCACGAAGGAGGUCGUGGACGUGCUGGUGGAGAAGUUUAGACCUGACAUGCGCAUGCUCACCGCUAAUAGAUACAACCUUUUUGAAGUGCACAUCAAUGGAGAGGAGCGCAAGUUGUUGGAUGACGAGAAGGUCCUGUAUGUGCAGCUCAACUGGGGCAAGGACGUGCGUGAGGGUCGCUUCCUCCUACGCAGAGAGGGCGCCCAAACUGCAUCAGAAAAAGAAAACAACCCAAAUUUUAAACGAAAACUCUCAAAACGUGAGAAAAAAGAGAAAAAGAAAGCAGACAAGGAGCGGCGUAUGAACAAAGAAAACGUUGACAAAAAUGGCGGUGUUGCCCAGCAAUUAUACGAUGACGCACCAGAGUCCAGUUUUACGCGCAGUAUCUCGAACCCAGAGGCAGUCAUGAGGCGACGACGGCAGCAGAAACUAGAGAAAAAGUUACAGCAGUUUCAUGGGCAAAAUGGGCAAGGUGGUACCCUGAAGAUCUAUGGCGAGACAUUGAAGCCUGACAUCCCGUACAAGACGCUACUGCUGUCGACAGCAGACACAGUACAGCACGUGAUCAAGGAGGCCAUGGAGAAGUACGGGGUGGACACGGAGGACACAUCACAGUUCGUACUCGUAGAGGUGCUGGUACCGCCAGGUGAGCGAGAGUACCACGGGGGAACCAUCGGUGAGGAACGCAUCAUGGAGGAUGAUGAGUGUCCCCUGGCCAUUGCCAUGCAGCACCCUCCUAAUAGAGGCAUGCUGAUGUUCCAACUGAAGCGUAAGAAUGCCGACAUGAUCAAGCCCAAGUACAAGCGCCCACGUGCCGUCUCACACGAGGAUCUGCGCACGUCGACACGCGAGCCUGCCACCUCCCAGACACCACCCAGUAAACUGCCCUUCCUAGUGGAACUUAACCUUGAUGGUACAGAAAACUUGAAGGGCAUGGUUCACAGACUCCAUUUUGGCGUAACUGAAGUGGGGCGUGAGAAAUCAGUGUCCCAAAAUGGGCAAUACAUGCAACUGACUGGCCCCAACAUUCAGCCCCGUCACUGCGUGAUAGCGCACACAGGGGGCGUUGUGACAGUGACCCCAAAAACCCGUGACGCUGAGACCUACGUUAACAGCACGCGUAUCGCCGAGACCACGAUGCUGCAGCACGGGAUCAUUGUCCGCUUCGGCAAACACUGCGCCUUCCGCUUCUUUGAUCCGGCUUGGGAGGAGAAGCAGAGAAAAGGACCGGUACCACAGCUUGCACAACUCCAGAGUGCAGCGCCGGGUCCUGGUUUUCAAGGGAGAUCACCCCACGAGACAAACUUUGAUACCGACGGCACCGUGGAGUCUAUGAACAUGCCUCGGGGUCCGAUGGGUCCGAUCCCCCAGCGGCAGGAGAGUAGACAGAGUGCUCACAACAGCAGCAGCGCAAUGGGCAGCUCUGUGCAUGAGGACUUCUCUAGAGGAUCUCCCAGAGAACUUCCUCGAGAUGGGAACAAGUUUGAAGAUGCAUUACCAGCCAGCCUGGAGUUCAGAGAUGAAAGAGAGAACGAUUUUCUAAGUGCCGUGAUUCUGGAGACCAAUCCCUCCCAGACGCAGUUCAAGCUGUCCCCUACCUACACACUGUACCUGGCCAUACGGUUCCGACUGUCCAGCGUCUACCGGCCCGAUUUGAGCCCAUCUGACCGGGCACACAAACUGACCACAGUGGCCAACAAGAUUGCACAGAUGAUACAUCAGGCCAUACAGGACAACCGUGACAACCCAGCAGCACUAGCAUUCUGGAUGGCAAAUGCUUCCGAGGUGCUUCACUUCUUCAAGCAGGACCGAGACAUCCACCCGUUCAGCAUGGAUAGUCAGGAGAUGCUGGCCGAGGCCGUACAGAUGGCCUUCCACCACCUCGUGGUCUGUCUGGAGUACGACCUGCAGAGAACCCUGUCUGCGUUCCUUGACGAGAACGAUGACGAUGGAGUUGUUGAUGACCGGGCGCGUUUCAACCGCAACAAGCCGACAAUGAUCGACAUCCUGGACACACUGUCGUCGGCCAUGAAUCUGCUGCGCCGUUGCCGUGUCAAUGCGGCGCUCACCAUCCAACUGUUUUCUCAACUUUUCCACUUCAUCAACAUGUGGGUCUUCAACAUCCUCGUCACAGAGAAGCGGCUGAAUCUGUGCACACGUGCAUGGGGCGUGCGGCUCAAGCGCAGGCUAGGGCGUGUCGAAGCUUGGGCGCAGAAACAGGGUCUUGAACUGGCGGCUGACUGCCACUUGUGCAGGAUUAUACAGGCUGCCCACCUCCUUCAAGCGCCCAAAAGCAGCCCAGAUGACAUCGCCAACAUCAGCUCGACCUGCUUCAAGCUGAACUCCCUGCAGCUGCGAGAACUUCUGGAACGCUACAUCAACGAGCCCAACGAACCUCCCAUCCCACACAACCUUAUCGACCGUGUGGUGUCUGUUGCUGAGAAUAUGGCCGAUGAUCUGAUACGGUCAGACGGACGGACAGUGCAGCUUGAGGAGGACCAAGACUUGCAGCUGCCUUUCUUGCUGCCGGAGGAUGGCUACUCUUGCGAUUCCAUCAAAGGUGUACCCAAUGGCUUGGGGGAGUUCAUAGAGCCCCUGACACGGCAGGGCCUUUGUAGGAUGUCAAACCAACCCCUCGCUAGCGGCUUUUGGACCGUGUACAUGUCCGGAGAUGAACCCUCCCAGAUUAUAGAGGAGUCACUGUGGGAGAAGGGCCGGAUACCUGAGCCCCAGGGUGGGGACAUGAGGCUCCAGGGGUCAAUCCAGGGGUCACUGCAGUCACCCAAGGAGCCUGAGGUCGUCAAUGUGACCUUCAACAAGGUCAACGGCAGCAUGGGCCUUAGUAUUGUGGCUGCUAAGGGAGACGGGCAGAGUGAUCGGGGGAUCUACAUCAAGUCAGUUGUGCCUGAGGGAGCUGCUGCUAUUGAUGGGAGAUUGCAAGCUGGAGACCAGCUGCUAGAAGUAGAUGGUAAAAGUCUCGUGGGGCUCACACAAGAAAAGGCUGCUGACAUUAUGAAACACACUGGUCACUCUGUGACACUAAAGGUCGCCAAGCAGGGAGCCAUCUACCACGGUCUAGCUCAGCUUCUCAGUCAGCCAUCACCUGUUAUGCAGCGAGCCUCCCCUCAGAAGACACCCACCACCCCCAGCAAGCAGAGACCCGGAGAGGAAGGUCCCCCUCCAUACAACGGCAUGCCCGAGCCAGACCGCCGGGCUGCCAUGCAGAAACCGGACUCCCGAUCACUGCCUCGGGACAUGCGGGCACCUGGAUUGCGAGGCCCGGAUAGCCGGUCUUCCCCGGCACUGAACAGUGAUCCUCCAUUAUCCGCGGUGGAGCGACUGAGGAUGCCUCCAGCUGCCAGAGAUAGCACAGGCCAGUACCCUCCCCCCAAUGGCCACGCAAACCCCCAUUACAACAGACACAAGGGAGACAACAGAGAGCUCAUGGACAAGUCCAAGUCCAUCCCAAACCUGCACAUGGACAACUCAUUCGAUGGUCGUGGUGCUCCUGGCGCCAUACGCCCGGCCCAGAGUGUCAGCGCCUUACAGCAGCAACAGCAACAACAGAGGGUACCUAGCCAGCAUGCUGACUAUUAUAACCAGCCCCACUCCCUAGACGAUUCUCGUAGCCAUGGUAGCCAUGAUUACGAGAACCAGCCUGUGCGGACGCCCCUUGAUGCGGGCAGAGGUUACCCCGGACCUGGAGCCAAUCAGCCAUCGUCUGGUGUUCAGUUCCGGUCGCCUGGUCAACCUGCCCCGGCAACCAUGUCAACCAGACCGACACAACCCCAGAGUUUCGAGAGACCCCAGUCGCAGUAUUUCGCAGGCCAGGACCGGCCCGAUUUCCAGAACGGUCGACCGCGGUCAGAGGAAUUCACACCAGAACGCUUGCAAAACUGGCAGGACCCUGAUCGAAGCAAAGGCUCCCCACACGACAGCUUUGACGGCAGGGGAGCACCCAACUACAGCAAUAUUCGACCCCAGGCCAACUAUGCCAAUCAAGGUGAAAUACGGAAGAUGGACAUGGGAAACCAGCAGCCUAAACAGCCCAACUUCUAUGAGAACACGUACCCCAGACAGCAGGAGCCCACCCCGCCGUUCCAGCAACUGAAGAGACCCCCCAGUGAGAGUGAAAAAGGUCGGCCCCCAACAGCCCCCAAACCAACACCCAAACCCAACCAGCCACUAGUGCAGCCUCUGGAGAUACCUAGGUCUGAAGUGGAUAACAGACAGACUCAGCCACACUUUUACAACCCACAGCUCCGCGACAAGGCCGCCAUGUACCCCAGCUCAUCGUCCCCUAAUGCAUAUAACACAUCCCCGGGCUCCCAUAGUCACUACCAGAACACCAGCUUCUACGAUGGACGUGCGGAUGGUAGCUCUAAGAUGUCGCCUCUACAUGGGGACUUCAGUAAAAAUCCUCACAUGGCCCUGCCAGCCCCCCACGACAUGGCCCCAGAGUUACCACCCCCACCCAACAUGGACGAUAUACAUGACCAGGAUGAGUUGAUGCCCCCCCUGCCCCCACCCCCUGUCAAUGACUACCGACUCGAGCAGAAAAUUAGGGAGGAACAAAACAGAAUGAUGCAACAGCAGCCAUCGGACCCUAGCUACAGCAAUUUACCUCCACAGAACAGCAGAAAACAACCAUUUUCGCAGUCACUCCCUGCACAUUCUGUUGCUUUUUCUCCGACGGGUUACACCCCACCACAGGCUACGGGUUACCAACCAGUGCAGAAGCCUGGUCCCAGUUUCCAGCCUGCCAUUUCGACCGCCUACCCAACACAGCAACCCCAGUCAUUACCCGUGCAGCCCUCGGGAUACAACGCCAGUCAUGACUACCAGAACAUCAACUACCCCAACAACAGGGCCUCGGAGCCCCCUAACUCAGCAACACUUCAAGCGAACACGUACGAAUCCUACGACCCGAGAAAAGCUCCACCUCCAACAUCGUCACAGCAACAACCACAGCAGCCCCGGCCAGUCAUACACCAGCAGAUCAAGGACCAGCGGGAGGCCAUAGUGUCGCCAUGGCAACGAGAGGAACGGGAGAAGCAGCAGCAACAGCAGCAGGAGAGCCUGACCCGAAUACGGGACAUGGAGAUCGAUGACCUCACAUCCCGGCCGCACCGGACCCUCCAGGAGGAGGAGAGGCUGAAGAAGCUGGUGCUGGAGGCGGAGUUUCAGCGCAGGCUGGAGGAGGUACAAGACAGGGACGAUGAGGAGUCCGACGACGACAGAUUUAUGCAAGCCCUGGUGCCCCUCCAGUCCCUGCAGGAGGAUCUGGUGAAGUCUCGUAUGAAGAUCCAGGACUUUGAGCAGAAGAGGCAGUAUGAGGAUGCUGAGAAGGAGAAGGAUCGCAUGCAGAGACUGGAGCGUCGCAUAGAGAUGUUCGGCGUGUGA